AUGGCAAACUAUUUCGACCUGCCUGAGUUUGACUCUCUGCCCCCGGUCAAAGGCAUGCCACAAGGCUGCGCGUGGGGUCUCUUUGAUCAAGACGGCAAAGUGGACCGCUUGGGUUGUCUGAAUCUGCUAACCCCAAAAAUCGUGCAGGAGGCGUACAAGGAGGCGCGCGACGGCGUCAGCAUCUCUCUGAACUGGCCGAUUGGGGCGUGUCAGAACCCCUUCUUUGGUCGCCAGGGAUUAACCCAUACAGUAAUCUCCUAUUAUGAUACUGCAGGGCUCCACGCUUUCGAUGAUAUAGUUGAAUUCAACACUCAGUGCUCCUCGCAGUGGGAUUCGUUAGUCCAUUUUGGCCAUCAAGCUACGGGCGCCAACUACAAUGGGGUAAUCCCCAAGACUGAGGACCUCGUUCAACCAUUGGGUUCAACUGAUGUCGGAAAAGAGAUUCCCACGUUGAACCACUGGCAUGAUCGUGGCGGGCUUGUUGGCAGGGGCGUUUUACUUGAUUACCGAGCCUACGCCCAAGCCAGGGGUAUCACCUACGACCUUUACGAUGCGAGCGUAAUAACCAUCAAAGACCUCGAGGCCAUUGCGGAAUACCAGGGUACUAAUUUCAAGCACGGCGAUAUCUUGAUCGUCCGGUCUGGCUACACCGAAGACUUGACCGGCAAAAGCGCUGAAGAACAAAACAAAAAGCUCGGAACGGGCAGGGCCAUCGGCGUUGAGGGAACGAUUGAGGCCGCAAAAUGGUUCUGGAACCACCAUUUCUCCGCUGUAGCUGGAGAUGCCGUCGCUUUUGAAUCCAUGCCGCCCAGGCGACCUGACGGCUCAUUUGGUACGAAUUCUGAGCUUGUUCUGCAUCAAUACUUCCUGUCAUACUUCGGCCUUAACAUCGGCGAGCUCUGGGACCUGAAAGCCUUAGGAGAGCACUGUAAGAAAAUUGGUCGGUACACAUUCCUGCUCACAAGCGUCCCUCUCAACGUUUCCGGACUAGUUGGGAGCCCACCAAACGCAUUGGCGCUCUUUUGA